AUGUCGCCCUCACAUGCACAACAUCGCCGAGUGCAACAGCACUCGAGUGCCUUUCCUACUCGACAAUUGUUUGUGUUAGCCUUGUGCCGUAUCUGCGAGCCGAUCGCCUUUAUGUCAAUUUUUCCUUAUGUCUAUUACAUGAUCUCUUCUUUUCACAUCACCAACGAUGAAAAGCAAAUUUCUCUAUACGCUGGUAUGGUCACGUCCGCCUUCGCCUUUGCCGAAUUCUCGACUGGUGUCUUGUGGGGAAGAUUGAGCGACAAGGUUGGACGCAAGCCCAUUCUUCUCAUGGGACUGGCCGGAACUGGUAUCAGCAUGAUUGCCUUUGGAUUCUCGCCCAACCUCACAACAGCUCUCAUUGCUCGUGCUUUGGGUGGUCUUCUCAAUGGAAACAUUGGUGUAUUACAGACAACAGUCGCCGAAGUUGUAACUGUUGAAGCCCAUCAAGCACGUGCAUACUCGAUUAUGCCUUUUGUUUGGUGCCUCGGAUCAAUCGUCGGUUCCGGUCUUGGAGGCACACUCGCGGAUCCUGUUCGUAACUACCCUGGCUACUUUGAGCAUGGCUCGCUAUUCGACAAAUUCCCUUACCUGCUUCCGAACUUGGUCUGUGCUGGAGUAGUAAUAUUCGGAAUGGUUGUCGGUAUACUCUUCCUCGAGGAAACUCACGAGGAUCUCAAGGACCGCAGAGACUAUGGUCUUGACAUUGGUGACUGGCUUUUGGACUUCUUCCGGCCUAAUCAGAUUGACGAGAAGGCUGGCGAGACCUUGGCUUUGUUCGAGGAUGUCCCUCCUGGUUACUCUUCAAGCGAAUCAUCUCCGGCUUUGAACCCUAUCCUUGUUGGAGAGCUCCCCAAUGAAGCUCAGUCCGCAUCACCUCAGUUAGCUGGGUCGAGUCGACGUGAUGCGGCUGUCUCGAAUGCCUUUACUUGGCAGGUUUGCCUCAACAUCGUCGGAUAUGGUAUCCUUGCUUACCACACUAUCUCCGCCGAACAGCUUCUUCCCGUACUCUUCAGUCUGCCCGAGUCUCACGAGGCUCCCAACCUUCCUUUCCAGUUCUCCGGUGGCUUCGCACUGCCGACAAAAGUUAUUGGCUUCAUUCUCUCAGCCCAAGGCUUUAUCCAAAUGUUCGCUACACUAUUCGUAUUUCCCUUCGUCAAUCGCAAGAUUGGAAGUCUGGCUACAUUCCGACUCGUCAUUCUGUCCUAUCCGAUCCUUUACCUGAUGGUUCCCUACCUCACACUUGUUCCGACAGCUCUGCGCAUGCCUUGCAUAUACUUCGUGCUAGUCUGGAAGGUUACAGCACAAGCGCUCUCUUAUCCAUCUCUGGCGAUCAUGCUGGCCAACGCUGCUCCAUCCAAGAAGGUUCUCGGCACAUUGAAUGGCGUAGCAGCUUCCUCGGCAAGUUUGUGCAGAGCAUUCGGUCCCACAUUAUCAGGAUUGGUGCAAUCACUAGGGCUGUCUGUGGGAGUCCUCGGUCUUCCUUGGUGGGCGAACAGCUUCGUUGCACUUAUUGGUGCCGUUCUGAGCUUGCGCAUGGUCGAAGAGAAGCGCCGCUACUCAAAAGCUCAAGAAGCAAAUCUGGACUCGGAAGAUCUACCUUUCUUGGACGCGGACGUGCUUGAGAGCGUACCUUCAGAAGACCUCCGCAACUGA